GCGCGCAGGGGCGGCCGCCGGGCGGGCAAGGAGCGGCGGAGCGGGGCGGCCCCCCCGGUGCACCGCGCCGGAGCGCCGCGGGAGGAGGAGGAGGAGGAAGAGGAGGAAGGAGGAUGGCCGCGGCGGCGGGGCAGCGCCGGGGCACCGCGCUGCUGACCCUCGCCCUGGGGCUCCUCGCCGCCGCCGCGCAGGUUUGCGGAGACCAAAACCAAGGAGCAGUUUUCCUACGUGAAUUUACAUUGAUUCGGAGAGAAAGCCUUCAUGAUGACUUCCUGUCUGAUUUGCUGAAUAACCACAAAACAGAAGAUCCGAGCUCCAGAACAGCUCGCUCAGAGGAAGACCGAGACUCACUGUGGGAUGCCUGGGGUUCAUGGAGUGAAUGUUCACGUACUUGUGGAGGAGGGGCUUCAUAUUCACUGAGACGCUGCCUGAGCAGCAAGACCUGUGAAGGGCGAAACAUCCGAUACAGGACAUGCAGCAAUGUGGACUGUCCUCCAGAAGCAGGUGAUUUUCGUGCUCAGCAGUGCUCGGCUCACAAUGAUGUCAAGUACCAGGGGCAGUUUUAUGAGUGGCUUCCUGUCUCUAAUGAUCCCGACAACCCGUGCUCGCUGAAGUGCCAAGCCAGAGGGGCAGCUUUGGUUGUAGAGCUGGCACCAAAGGUUCUGGAUGGGACCCGGUGCUACACUGAAUCCUUGGACAUGUGCAUCAGCGGUUUGUGCCAAAUUGUUGGCUGUGACCGCCAGCUGGGAAGCGCUGUCAAGGAAGAUAACUGUGGGGUCUGCAAUGGCGAUGGGUCCACCUGCCGUCUGGUUCGAGGCCAGUAUAAGUCCCAGCUCUCAGCAAAUAAACGUUUAAGGGCACACUUGCUUCAGAUCCCCAUCACAUUGGAUGAUACAGUGGUUGCUAUUCCCUAUGGAAGCAGGCAUGUUCGCCUCGUGCUGAAAGGACCUGAUCAUUUAUAUUUGGAAACCAAGACUCUCCAAGGUGUAAAGGGUGAAAACAACCUCAGUUCCACAGGUUCCUUCAUUGUGGACAAUUCUAGCAUCGACUUCCAGACGUUUCCUGACAAGGAGAUACUGAGAAUAUCUGGGCCUCUCACUGCAGACUUCACCGUCAAGAUCCGUUAUGCUGGUGCUGCUGACAGUUCAGUCCAGUUUAUGUUCUAUCAGCCUAUCAUUCACCGAUGGAGGGAAACUGAUUUUUUCCCUUGUUCAGCAUCCUGUGGAGGAGGUUAUCAACUGACUUCUGCUGAAUGCUUUGAUCUGAGAAGCAACCGGAUAGUAGCAGAUCAAUACUGUCACUAUUACCCUGAAAAUAUCAAGCCAAAGCCAAAACUUCAGGAGUGUAAUUUGGAUCCUUGUCCUGCAAGUGAUGGAUACAAGCAGAUCAUGCCCUAUGACCUCUACCAUCCCCUUCCUCGGUGGGAAAGUACACCCUGGACUGCCUGUUCCUCCUCCUGUGGAGGGGGCAUUCAAAGCCGCAGUGUCUCAUGUGUGGAGGAAGACAUUCAAGGGCAUAUUAGCCCUGUGGAAGAAUGGAAAUGCAUGUAUACUCCGAAGAUGCCUGUUGUCCAACCUUGCAAUAUAUUUGACUGCCCAAAGUGGCUUGCUCAGGAGUGGUCACCGUGCACUGUGACCUGUGGGCAAGGGCUCAGAUACCGUGUGGUUCUUUGCAUUGAUCACAGAGGGAUGCAUACAGGAGGCUGUAGCUCUAAAACAAAGCCACACAUAAAAGAAGAAUGCAUUGUACCCACUCCUUGCUACAAACCCAAAGAGAAACUUCCUGUGGAAGCAAAGUUGCCAUGGUACAAACAGGCUCAAGAGCUCGAAGAAGGAGCAGUGGUGUCUGAAGAACCAUCGUUUAUUCCUGAGGCUUGGUCCUCCUGUAGUGUCACCUGUGGAGUGGGCAGCCAGGUGCGGCUUGUGAAAUGUCAAGUGCUCCUGUCUUUCUCUCAGUCUGUCGCUGACUUGCCCAUUGAUGAAUGUGAAGGUCCAAAACCUGUGUCUCAGAGAGCCUGUUACAGUGGCCCUUGCAGUGGAGAGGCAACUGAAUAUACCCCAGAGGAAACCGACCUGCUCUAUGGCAGCUUGCAGGAAUUUGAUGAGCUCUAUGACUGGGAAUAUGAGGGCUUUACAGAGUGCUCAGAGUCCUGUGGAGGAGGUGUCCAGGAGGCUGUGGUGACCUGCCUGAACAAGCAAACCAGGGAGACUGCAGAUGAAACAUUGUGCAUAAUGAGCCGCCGUCCUCCACAGCUGCUGAAAGCCUGUAGCCUGGAUCCCUGCCCCCCAAGAUGGGAGAUUGGGAAAUGGAGCACCUGCAGUCUUACCUGUGGGGUUGGAUUGCAGACACGAGAUGUCUUCUGUUCUCACCUAUUAUCAAGAGAAACUAAUGAGACCGUGAUCUUGGCAGAUGAAUUGUGCCAUAAACCUAAGCCAUCUCUCGUGCAAGCCUGUAAUCGCUUUGACUGCCCACCCUCCUGGUAUCCUACAGAAUGGCAAGAGGUGGAGACAGAGGAUGUGUGCUGCAUUUCACUGCUGUGGAUUAACUAAGGUCCUCUACACUUCGCAGGAAGGACAGCUGUAUAUUCAGAUCCUCAUUAUGUGGCCACUGAAUAGUUCUUGUGACUCCCUUUUACCAGGAGAAAAUGACAUAAACAAUGCACUUCUCUACAUGUAGUCAUCUGCCUCUGUUGAGAACAGUA